AUGACAGGAGCACCUGAACAAAGAAACGUCAAGUUAACGUCUUCUGAGGGGACGGAAUUUAAAGUUGAAAGAGACGUUGCAGAGAAAUCAGUAUUAUUAAAAAAUAUGUUGGAAGAUGUAGGUGAAAGUGAUAUGGCAAUACCUCUUCCAAAUGUUACUGGACCUAUUCUCCAAAAAGUAAUCGAAUAUUGUAUACAUCAUCGUGAUGAUCCAGUGCCAGCUCAUGAUGAUGAUACAAAAAAGACCGAUGAUAUCGAUGAUUGGGAUGCAGAAUUCUGCAAAGUGGAUCAAGGAACGUUAUAUGAAUUGAUUUUGGCUUCCAACUAUCUUGAUAUCAAACCUCUUCUUGAUCUUACCUGUAAAACUGUUGCCAAUAUGAUUAAAGGAAAAUCUCCUGAAGAAAUUCGUAAGACAUUUAAUAUUGCAAACGAUUUUACCCCUGAAGAAGAAGAACAAGUCAGAAGAGAAAAUGAGUGGUGUGAAGGACGAUGA